UGAAGAGCUCUUAGGCUUGGAUGUUUGGUUGGUUUUCAGGUUCAUGUGAAGAUGGCUGACGAGGCGGUCUGCGUUGGCCCCGCCCCCACCGCUAAAAGCUACCUGAACAUGGAGGCCAUCAUGGAGGCUGUCCGACUAACAGGAGCACAGGCUGUUCAUCCUGGCUACGGAUUCCUGUCUGAGAACAAGGAGUUUGCAAAGCGCCUGGCUGAGGAGGGCGUGACCUUCAUCGGCCCAGACACUCAUGCGAUACAAGCAAUGGGCGAUAAGAUCGAGAGCAAGCUGAUCGCUAAGGCUGCCAAGGUGAACACCAUCCCAGGAUUUGACGGCGUCGUCAAGACCGCAGACGAAGCUGUGAAGAUCGCUCAGCAGAUUGGCUACCCUGUGAUGAUCAAGGCUUCUGCAGGAGGAGGAGGGAAAGGAAUGAGGAUCGCCUGGAACGAUGAGGAGACUCGGGAAGGUUUCCGUUUCUCAUCCCAGGAAGCAGCUUCCAGCUUCGGAGACGACCGGCUGCUGAUUGAGAAGUACAUCGACAACCCGAGACACAUAGAGAUCCAGGUGCUGGCUGAUAAACAUGGUGACGCACUGUGGCUCAAUGAGAGGGAGUGCUCCAUCCAGAGGAGGAACCAGAAGGUGGUGGAGGAGGCGCCCAGCACGUUCUUGGACCCAGACACGCGGCGGGCGAUGGGGGAGCAGGCGGUGCAGCUGGCCAAGGCUGUGAAGUACUCUUCUGCCGGGACCGUGGAGUUUCUGGUGGAUUCUAAGAAAAACUUCUACUUCCUGGAGAUGAACACGCGCCUGCAGGUGGAGCAUCCCAUCACUGAAUGCAUCACAGGUCUGGACCUGGUGGAGCAGAUGAUCCGGGUCGCCAAGGGAUACAGGCUGCAGCACCGGCAGGAGGACAUCCCCAUCAACGGCUGGGCCAUAGAGAGCCGGGUUUAUGCAGAGGAUCCUUACAAGUCCUUUGGUCUCCCCUCCAUCGGUCGGUUGUCUCAGUACCAAGAGCCCCUGAACCUCAACAACGUCCGAGUGGACAGUGGAAUCGAGGAAGGAAGUGACAUCAGCAUCUACUACGAUCCCAUGAUCUCCAAGCUGGUUACCUACGGAUCCACUCGAGCUGAAGCUCUGGCCAGGAUGGAGGACGCGCUGGACAGCUACGUGAUCAGAGGUGUGACCCACAACAUUCCACUUCUGAGGGAAAUCAUCACUCACCCUCGCUUUGUCUCCGGCGACAUCACCACCAACUUCCUGCCUGAAGUGUAUCCCGAUGGGUUCAAGGGUCACCAGCUGGAGGCGCAGAGCCGCAGGGAGCUGCUGGCCUCGGCGGCGGCCCUCUACGUCACCGCUCAGCUCCGCUCACAGAAGAUCCUGGGCCCCCUCAGAGUGUCCUCGGCGCCGAUGGAACGUGGUUUCUGGGAGCUGUGUGUGGAGCUGGGAGGGCAACAGCAUCAUGUGCAGGUCACAAAGUCAGGCGAUCUCUAUACCGUGGAGGCUGAUGGAGAAAAGGUGGAUGUCUGUGGACAGUGGAAUCUGGCUUCCCCUCUGCUGCCAAUCACUGUUAAUGGUACAGAGAGGAUGUUCCAGUGUCUGUCCAGGGAGGCUUCAGGAACCAUAGUUCUGCAAUACAUGGGCACAAUGUUUAAGCUUCAGAUCAUGUCCCAGCGGGCUGCAGAGCUGAACUCCUACAUGCCAGAGAAGGUUCCAGAAGACACCAGCAGCAUCCUGCGCUCCCCCAUGCCGGGAACGGUGGUGGCUGUUUCUGUCAAACCUGGAGAUACGGUUGCAGAAGGUCAGGAGAUCUGCGUAAUUGAAGCCAUGAAGAUGCAGAACAGCUUAACGGCUGUCAAGCAAGCAAAGGUGAAGAGUGUCCACUGCAAGGCAGGAGAGACGGUGGGAGAGGGAGACCUGCUGGUGGAGCUGGAGUAGAACAGCAACUUUGAUCUCUGUAAUCACCUCAAUUCAGAGGACUGGUUUCCCACCAGCAGGGGAGGACAUUUUGACACUAAUGUGCAUUAGAUGUGUUGAACUGAUGGCCUCCAUCAGGACUGUUGAUUUUUUUGUAGUUUUUAUUAAAGAGUCUCUUUGCUUACAUUCCUA